AUGGUAUGAAUAUACUUUUAACCAAGAGUAAUAUAUAUGGACUAACAUUAUUAUAGGCUUUGGAUAAAUCAAUUGGUGUUGGAAUGAUUUUUAUUGCUUCUUUUGUAUUUUUAUAUUAUUCAAUUUGGGUUUUUAUAUUACCUUUUAUUAAUGAAUCUUCAUUUAUACAACAAUUCUUUUUACCAAGAGAUUAUGCUAUAAAAUUACCUUUAUUAUUAUUAUUAUUAAGUGGUUUAUUUGUUGGUAUAUUUGUUGGUAAAGUUUUAAUCAAGAAUCAACAAAAACAAAAAAGUAAAAAGAAAUCUCAAUAA